AUGCAAAGCUUGUUCUCGCGUAAUCUAUGGCGUGAAAUCGGAGCUGCCAAAUACUCGUUUACUGGAGCUUCUUCUGUUUCCGGCGUCGGUUAUGGCCGAAGGUGGUACGGGCUGAUACCGAUGGUGAUUGAGCAUUCGUCACGAGGGGAGCGGGCCUACGACAUUUUCUCGCGCUUGUUGAAGGAGCGCAUCAUUUGCAUCAAUGGUCCCAUCUCCGACGAUACCUCCCACGUUGUUGUUGCGCAGCUCCUCUUUCUCGAGUCUGAGAAUCCCUCCAAACCUAUUCAUAUGUACCUCAAUUCGCCAGGCGGCGCCGUAACUGCUGGUCUUGCUAUCUACGACACAAUGCAGUACAUCCGAUCUCCAAUAAAUACGAUUUGUCUCGGUCAAGCUGCAUCAAUGGCUUCUCUCCUCCUGGCUGCUGGUGCUAAGGGCGAGAGGCGGGCCCUUCCGAAUGCUACUAUUAUGAUACAUCAGCCUUCUGGUGGGUACAGCGGGCAAGCUAAGGAUUUGAGCAUCCACACGAAGCAGAUUAUUCGUGUUUGGGAUGCAUUGAAUGAUCUUUACUGCAAGCACACUGGUCAGCCUCUUGAUAUUGUUCAGAAGAAUAUGGAUCGUGAUUAUUUCAUGACUCCUCAAGAAGCAAAAGAAUUUGGGAUUAUAGAUGAGGUCAUAGACGAGAGACCAAUAACCCUCGUGGCCGAUGCAGUAGCAGAGGAGAACAAAGAUAAAAGUUCGAGCUAG